AUGCUGGAUGACAGAGCCAGGAUGGAGAUCGCCAAGAAGGAAAAGGCGGAACAGAUCCUGGCGGAGUUCCAGCUGCAGGAGGAGGACUUGAAGAAGGUGAUGAGGCGGAUGCAGAAGGAGAUGGACCGAGGCCUGAGGCUGGAGACCCACGAGGAGGCCAGUGUGAAGAUGCUGCCCACCUACGUGCGCUCCACCCCAGAGGGCUCAGAAGUUGGGGACUUCCUCUCCCUGGACCUGGGUGGCACCAACUUCCGGGUGAUGCUGGUGAAGGUGGGAGAAGGCGAGGCGGGACAGUGGAGUGUGAAAACUAAGCACCAGAUGUACUCCAUCCCCGAGGAUGCCAUGACGGGCACUGCUGAGAUGCUCUUUGACUACAUCUCUGAGUGCAUCUCUGACUUCCUGGAUAAGCAUCAGAUGAAGCAUAAGAAGCUGCCCUUGGGCUUCACCUUCUCCUUUCCUGUGAGGCAUGAAGACAUCGACAAGGGCAUCCUUCUCAACUGGACCAAGGGCUUCAAGGCCUCGGGAGCAGAAGGCAACAACAUCGUGGGGCUCCUGCGAGAUGCCAUCAAACGGAGAGGUGACUUUGAGAUGGACGUGGUGGCGAUGGUGAAUGACACUGUGGCCACGAUGAUCUCCUGCUACUAUGAAGACCGCCGGUGUGAGGUUGGCAUGAUUGUGGGCACGGGCUGCAACGCUUGCUACAUGGAGGAGAUGCAGAACGUGGAGCUGGUGGAAGGGGACGAGGGCCGCAUGUGUGUCAACACCGAGUGGGGCGCCUUCGGGGACUCAGGCGAGCUGGACGAGUUCCUGCUGGAGUACGACCGCGUGGUGGAUGAGAACUCCCUGAACCCGGGGCAGCAGCUGUACGAGAAGCUCAUCGGUGGCAAGUACAUGGGCGAACUGGUGCGGCUUGUGCUGCUGAAGCUUGUGGACGAGAAUCUGCUUUUCCACGGAGAGGCCUCAGAGCAGCUGCGCACGCGCGGCGCCUUCGAGACACGCUUCGUGUCGCAGGUGGAGAGCGAUUCCGGUGACCGCAAGCAGGUCUACAAUAUCCUGAGCACACUAGGGCUGCGGCCCUCGGCCACUGACUGUGACAUCGUGCGCCGAGCCUGCGAGAGCGUGUCGACGCGCGCCGCGCACAUGUGCGCCGCGGGACUGGCGGGCGUCAUUAACCGGAUGCGCGAGAGCCGCAGCGAGGACGUGAUGCGCAUCACCGUGGGCGUGGACGGCUCCGUGUACAAGCUGCACCCCAGCUUCAAGGAGCGGUUCCACGCCAUCGUGCGCAGGCUGACGCCCAGCUGUGAAAUCACCUUCAUUGAGUCCGAGGAGGGCAGCGGUCGGGGCGCGGCCUUGAUCUCCGCGGUGGCCUGUAAGAAGGCCUGCAUGCUGGGCCAGUAA